AUGACGGAGCUUGACAUACAGGAGAAUGGCAUUGAUGACCUUGGUGGGGGUUGGUUAAGUUGCUUUCCCGAAAACUUCACGUCACAGGAAGUGCUAAAUUUUGCGAAUCUGAGCAGUGAUGUCUCUUUUGAUGCUCUUGAGAAACUAGUGAGUAGGUGUAGAUCUUUAAAAUUCUUGAAGGUUAACAAGAAUAUCACCCUGGAACAAUUACAGAGGUUGCUUGAGUGUGCUCCUCAACUGACAGAGCUUGGUACUGGGUCCUUCCAUCAAGAGCUCACAACCCGCCAGUAUGCAGAGCUUGAAAGUGCAUUCAACAACUGCAAGAAUCUAAAUACUCUCUCUGGUUUGUGGGAAGCUACUCCACUGUAUCUCUCAGUUCUAUACCCUGCCUGCAUGAAUUUGACGUUCUUGAAUUUGAGUGAUGUUGCUCUGCAAAGUGGUGAACUUGCUAAGCUUCUUGCCCACUGUCCAAAUCUACAGCGUCUUUGGGUUCUGGAUACAGUAGAAGACAAAGGGCUGGAAGCUGUUGGAUCUAGCUGUCCUUUGCUCGAGGAACUACGUGUCUUCCCUGCUGAUCCAUAUGAGCAGGAUGUUGUCCAUGGGGUGAUUGAGAUGGGUAAUGAGGCAUUUUCUAUGUUACCCUCCAUGCUCACGGACAUGCUCGUGCCGAGACUAAAAGGUUGCUUCGAGAUCAGCAAGCAAAACGACAUGAAAUAA